AUUUAGUUUAUUUUUAUUCGGUUAAAUAACAUUCUAAUUCUCAAUAUUGCUAAGAAUAUGGUUUAAUAAUUUACUGCGCUCUGAAUAUUGUUGGAUCGCGCGGGGACCCCAUGGCAUGACAACUUAACACAUAUCGACCUUUUCCUCCUCUCCUAUUGCGUGAUUUCCCAGUAUUUACUGAGUGUACCCCACUCCUAGGAAUUUGUAUACAGUAGCCUCUCCUGCCUAUGGCACUCGCCCCCCAGCCUAACCGGUCCACAACCAACUCAUAAAUUUUCUGAUCCUAACUAAAGGAACUUAAAUAUAUUGCACACUGUUUGAAAGUUAGCCAGAACCUUGAUUCUCCCCGAGAACUGCAACAGUUUUAGGUUUAAGCGACACAAAAUGGAACUCUUAGUAGCGCCCGUGGAGCAUAUCAUAUUUGAUAUCGAGGUCGCCCUCGGGAACCAGCUUGGUGCACAACCCCUUCCCUUCCCAGGGAUGGACAAAUCAGGGGCAGCUGUUUGUGACUUCUACGUGAGAUCAAAUUGUUCUAAAGCAGCCUCUUGUCCGUUCCGACACAUUCGUGGGGACAAAACUAUUGUGUGUAAACACUGGUUGCGAGGACUGUGUAAGAAAGGUGAUCAGUGUGAGUUCCUUCACGAGUACGACAUGUCUAAAAUGCCCGAGUGCUAUUUCUACUCCAGGUUCAAUGCAUGUCACAACAAGGAGUGUCCCUUCCUGCACAUAGAUCCAGAGGCAAAAAUAAAAGACUGUCCUUGGUAUGACCGCGGUUUCUGUCGCCACGGACCUAACUGUCGGUACCGGCAUAUGCGCCGAAUAUUGUGCGUUAACUACCUCGCCGGCUUCUGUCCGGCUGGUCAGUCUUGUGAACAGGCACAUCCUAGGUUCGAGCUUCCUGGACCGGUUGAACAGGAUAAGAGCGGUAAGAAGGUUGUAAUCACCUGUCACUACUGCGGAGAGAUUGGACACAAGGUUAACAUGUGUAACAAGAUGCCAGGAGAGAUGAAGGAGCAGCAGCAGCAGCAGUCGACCCCUGCCGAGCUAGGGAAGAACUUCAUGCCCUAUACGCAGAACCAGUACAGGAUGCAUCCUAUGCCGGACGGCAAGCCGCACAGAUUUAAAACCCUCGACGAAAUCACAUGCUUCAAGUGCGGAGAAAACGGACAUUUUGCCAACAAGUGUCCUAAGGGAAUGUUAGCUUUUUUAAGUAAUAACAGUGGUAAAUGAUAGACGGUGUAUUUAGACAGUGUCUGAGUCUUCUUAGACGUUUUUAUUUUGUGACGCCACCGUCUUUAUUUACAUUUAUAUCUGCAUUGUGAUCUUAUAUAUAAUAAUUUCUGUGUCACAGUAUCUUAACUAAAUUUCAAGAUCAAUCCUUUAAUUGGUAAUUAUAAAAUUAAUUGAUAAUUAUUAUGUAAAAUAUUUCCAGA